AUGACUCAGCUUACAAAACGAAUUGUUGUUUGUUGUAGUACAAUCUUUGGUCUUAUUUAUGAAAAAAUACCUUUUUCAAAGUUUAUCGUUGAAAUUGAUUUGUUGAAUCCAACAAAUACAUCUCAGUUUUUGUUCGUCACUAUAGACAUGGCAUCAAAAAAGAAAUCAAAAAAAGUUCCACAUGAAGUUAUGAACGAAUCUACAGAUAAUAAUUCCGAAUCAGAGAAUCUUUACUUACGACAAGAAAUCGCUCGUUCUCCAAUGUAUUCAACGGUAUAUUUAUCCCAAGAUUUAAACGAACGAGAUAUUGAAUAUGUUGUCGAAGAAGCUGUGAUAAAAAAACAAUGCCGAGUUCUUCAAUUAACAAGAUGCAAAGUGACAUCUAUCGGUGCCUUCAUCUUAGCGAAUACAUUGAACAAUACUGAGAAUAUUUUAGAAGAACUUUUGUUAUUGGAUAAUCGAGUUGGUGAUGAGGGUGUUCUUCAUUUAGUCAAAGCACUUUCCACAAAUGAGAAUAAUUUAAAAGUAUUAGAUCUAACUCAAAAUAGAAUUUCAAAUGUUGGUGUAAAAUAUCUUGCUGAAAUGAUUCAAACUAAUGAAAGAUUAACUGUUCUUCGUAUCGCUGGAAAUGAAAUUGGUAAUCAAGGUAUUCAAAUAUUAAUCAAUGCAAUACAAUAUCACAAUAAAACUUUGGAAGAGUUGGAUUUUUGUACAAAUCGUUCGAUUGAUGAUGAAGUUGUUGAUUGUCUUAUUCAGUUAAUUAAACAUAGUCAAACAUUAAAGAGAUUAUUUUUAUUUAAUUGUAAUAUGUCUCCAAAUGGCAAAGAUAAACUUAUGAAAACGCAAAAGAAGCUCGACAAUUUCUGGUUAAUGGUGUGA